AUGAGCGAGGGCGGAGCCUUCAAGGCGCCUCAAGCUGCGCAAAGUCAACCGAAGCCAGGGCUGGAAAGCCGCAUGGAACCGCCCAGCGAAUCGACCAAGUUGGAAUCUAGCGGAGAAACAAUCGAAUAUGUCGGUUCCGGCAAAUUGAAAGACAAGAAGGUUUUGAUCACAGGUGGGGACUCAGGAAUUGGUCGAUCAGUGGCCAUUCUGAUGGCUAGAGAAGGAGCCGAUAUUACCAUCGUUCACUUGCCGCAAGAGCAGCAAGAUGCGGAAGAUACAAAACGAAUGAUCGAAAAGGAAAAGAGGUCUUGCCUUCUCUUCAGUGGGAACUUGGUCAAGCGCGAGACAUGUCAUAAAGCUGUUGAGGAGCAUGUCAAGAAGUUUGGGAGAAUAAAUGUCCUCGUCAACAAUGCUUCCAAGCAAUAUACAUGCAAGAACUUUGUCGACAUCGACUUAGACAAGGUUGAGGACAUAUUCCAAACAAAUAUCUUCCAAAUGUUCGCUCUAACUAAAUAUGCUCUUCCACACAUGACCAGAGGUGAUAGCAUCAUAAACUGCACUUCUGUUGUGACCUUCCGAGGAUCUAGCAGUAUGGUCGACUACGCUUCGUCUAAAGGCGCCAUCGUCGGCUUUACUAGGUCACUUGCGCUCCAGCUGGUUCCAAAGGGGAUUCGCGUGAAUGCUGUCGCCCCCGGUGCCAUCUAUACCCCAAUUCAGGUUGAUACUCGGAGCGCUGAACAGAUGAGUGGAUGGGGCUCGAAGGCCUCACUCGGACGUCCUGGAGAGCCGGUUGAAGUGGCUACAAGCUUUGUCUUCCUGGCUAGUCCAGAUUCGUCAUUCUAUUAUGGACAAGUGUUACAUUGCUACCCAUUGGGCGACUAG